AUGCUUUUCCUACCAUAUCUCCUACCAGCGAGCAUCUUCGCGUUCUUUGGUCUCUUCCCGGCGUUCUCACCCAAUAUACGAAAUGCCUAUCGCCUCGAGUUGAGUGAUACAGCAGACAGGGUGAAAUCGUAUCUGGACGAGACAGGCUCGGGUGAAGCUAAACUGAUGGUGUUCGGUACCCUCGUGUGCAGCUUCGCGAGUCGACGCAUUGAUGGCUGGCUCGACAAUGUUAUCCUCCCCAAGCGAGUCGUGCUCACGCUGGAUCCGCCGCCCCUGCCCGUCGAGGACUUCUCGCCGAACUUCUCGUCGAUAUCUCUUGUCUCCAUCGUGAAUCAACCGGAGGUAGUGCUGAACACCGACGUUGCACCUCUUUCGGAGCCUGAAGAAUGCCCUCUUGCGCAAUGGGAGUUCGAAGUGUUGGGCUACGCGAUCAAGCUUCCCGAUAUUGAUACGCUCAUGUGUCGAAAGUGCAUUGCCGCCGAGGUCGCGCUUGCGGCCACAUGGGCUGUCCUCGUUGUACUGUUCCUGUUCUCGGUCAUCCUCUCGUGCAUACGGAGCUUCACACGUUGCAAGGCCUGCAACGCGAGAGCGCAACCUAAAUGUAACAUUGCCUCCAAUCGGUCGCACGAAGGCUCACCUGAAUGCGACAAAACGUUGGUUGAAAACAGUAGCGACCUGGCGCGCCGCUUGUCAAGGCGAGGAGGGAAGGUCGCUGCAUCGAUGGCUCUCGCGGGGAAGACUGUGCAUCCGCGCAGCGCGUGCGACGAGAUUAUCGACAGCAAACCAACACCGACAAUAUUGCAGGAGGCCUUCUGGAUCAAGAGCUCUGGCGCUUCCAGAGCCGUGGUCAGUGAUGCUGUCGUGCAUUCUGCUGUCUGUAACCUGACAUCCUAUGAGAUUGAGGGCCGACCGAUUGGAGAGGGGUUCGAUGCAUCCAACGACUCUCCUACACCGUGCACUUGGGAAAACGGGAAACAAGAAUGCUUGAACUCUGAGGGGCAUAGAGCUUUCGAAAUGCGUCGGCCGAGAUCCCGAGUUUGGGAUGAAGCAGAGCUCUCCCAGAGGCGUCAGGUUGUAGACGGGGUCAGUGAGGAUGCAGGGCCUUAUGUGCUGAAAUCGCCAUUUCAGACCGGCGAAGAUGGAUACUUCACCGACGAUGACGACGAGGUCUUCGGAGGAUCAGCCUGCUGCGUUCGCAUUUGGAACCAACUGUCGACCAAGGUCCUACUUUCCCGAAAGAGGAAGUUAGUCAAUAAGCUGUCCGAGUCGGGCAAAGCUAGCCCCCAAUUUAGCUGUCACGUCACAUCUCCCAUCAUGUUUGGCGUGCCUGGAAGUGGCGAGAUCGGCGGCGUCCUACAGACUGCCUUUGCUUGGAACGUGCUGAUCAAUAUGACGUUCUCAGCUCACCUGGAUCUGCACAGCGUUAUAUACAACUCGUCCUCAGAACCUAUCAUGCCACGCUCUGACACAGAGCCGAGGCUCCCACUGGAGAUCUUUUGGCUCAUUUUCGACACCCUCAGUGCGCAGGAGGAUUACCACACGCUGACGGCCUGUAUGCUCGUCUGCCGAUUGUGGGGUAGCCACAUCCGUAGAAUGCUGCCCAUCAUGUUCAUGUUGAGUGGGAAGCCACAGGUUGCUCGGCUUGGCAAGCAUAAAGGUCAACGGUGGAAAGGGCCAGGGCAAGUUUUUCUGAGCGGCGGCAGCCAAGCCUCUAGCGGAGCCAAAACCAUGUCCAUCGCCCACAUAGGGACAUUCUCUGCAAUGUUUGCGCGCCGGUGGACGCGAAUCAAGCUCAUCCGCAUCGACAAUGGCGAAUGGAGUGCCGGAGAUCUGCGCCCAGACGUUUUUCUGCACCUGUCUGCGUUCACCUCUGUCACUUCACUCGGUCUAGGUGUAGUGAACUUCUCUUCAGUCGUGUUCUUCGGCCGUCUGGUCCGCGCCCUUCCUAACCUGAAGUCGCUUCGAUGCGAGGCGGUGUCCUUCACGAGUACCGAAUUCGAUCCUCGAGUAUUUCUCAAGGAUGCCCCACACGGCGGUGUCACACAACUCGAACUUCAGUUCAACAGCUUGUCUUUUGCCGAUGCCACCAAGUCGCUAGCGACCAUUCUUCCUCAUGCCGUAUCUUACGACCUCACUGUAGACUGCACAAAUUCCUUCUACGUCAGUAACCAAGCGGCCGUACUUGCUGGCGUGCAAGGCCUCAUCCAAUCAUCUGGCUCAUCGCUACGGAAGCUCACGAUGCAACUCACGUUGAAAUCCGAUAAAGGCUUGAUUGGUGCGUGUGCCAAGCUCAUCACCCCGUCGUUGAUGCUAGAUGACGAAAUCGCCCUGUAG